GUCUUUACGCGUGUGACGUUGUUUGGUAUCCUAGGGAGGCUAAACAUCCCAAAGCACGCGAAUGAGAACCCCCCCAAAAAUCAUCUCCGCUCCCCAAAAAAUACGUUUAACUGCGCGACCGGUUUUGUGAGUCGUGGAAAGCGAGUGCGCAGCAUUGUCACGCGGAAUUAAAUGCCUGUCGGGAAGACUGGAGAGUUUUAAGGUCAGCUGUCGACAUUCAAACGUGAAGACCUCCUUGGGCAAAAGGAAGGACCAUGUCUGAAAAUGGCCCUCGCACGGAGGCGCCGCUGUACUUUGAGGUAGAGGUGGACCCCUCGGAAGGGGGCGACGAGGACGACGAAGACAAGCUCCGUUUCGCCAAGGGCGAGCACCUGAUGGCGGAGCCGUCGUCGUCCGGCGCCCGGGUCUACGACCGCACCACCGUGCUCAUCGAGCGCGACCCCAUCCGUCUGGAUGAGGAAGGCGAGGAAGAAGGCCACUGCGGGGGCGACGAAGACGGCGUCACCUUCCUGACCGAAGGGGAGGGCGACGAGGAGGAGGGCUUCAUGGCCGACGCCAUGUCGCAGGGCUACGUGCACCACACCAUCUCGCCGGACCAGAUCCAGUUCACCAUUAAUCCGGGCUCCACCCCCAUGCCGCGCAACAUCGAGGGCGCCACCCUCACCCUGCACUCGGAGUGUCCGGAGACCAAGCAGACGGAGGUGAAACGUUACCAGUGCAUGUUCGGAGGCUGCACCAGGACGUACAGCACGGCGGGCAACCUGCGCACGCACCAGAAGACCCACCGCGGCGAGUACACCUUUGUGUGCAACCAGCAAGGCUGCGGCAAGGCCUUCCUCACCUCGUACAGCCUGAAAAUCCACGUGCGCGUGCACACCAAGGAGAAGCCCUUCGAGUGCGACGUGCAAGGCUGCGAGAAGGCCUUCAACACCCUGUACAGGCUCAAAGCACACCAGAGACUCCACACGGGCAAAACGUUCAACUGUGAAUCGGAGGGAUGCACAAAGUACUUUACCACUCUCAGCGACUUGAGGAAGCACAUUCGCACGCACACCGGAGAGAAGCCUUUCCGGUGCGACCACGACGGCUGCGGCAAAGCUUUUGCAGCAAGUCACCACUUAAGAACGCACGUUCGGACCCACACAGGCGAGAAGCCCUUCAACUGUCCGAGCGACGGCUGCGAGAAGACCUUCAGCAGUCAGUACAGUUUGAAGAGUCACAUCCGGGGUCACGGCAAGGGGCAGCCUUUCAGCGUCACCCUCGCUCACCCGCUGUCCGAAGAUGCAAAUCAUUCACUGUGCCUCAGUGACUUGAGCCUGAUCUCCACGGACUCGGAGCUGCGGGAGCAUCUGCACAACGCGCAGAAUUUGGACCUGAACAACGUGACCCCUGUGAAAAUCUUUGAGCUCAUGUUCCAGAGUCCUGAAAACAGUGUGAGCCAAGAUGAGGCCCAGCCAAGUGAGAGUCUCCCCGAGCGUUUCGGACUGGAGACCCCCACCCCUCCGGCGGUGACCGAAGCUUCGUCUCUCAUCUCUUUCUCCCUCACUACGGCCUGCUCCCGCCCAACCGCCGUCAUGGAGGCUCCUCCUCCUCCUACUCAGGCCCCUGCCGUCGUCACCCCCGGAUCGGCUCAAGCGCCCCCAUUCGUGCACAUUUCCGACGGGCCCGUUCAGGCUUCCGUCCAAGCGCAAAAGCAAGCGGCGCCACAGCACUACGUGGCGCUGGCUUCGACAUUCCUUCCUCCGGACACCGUGGCCCAGCCCGCUCCCCCUCCCAUCUCGGCGCCGACGGCUCCGUUGCCGGGCGCUUCGACGCCGGCCGCCGCCUCGGACGCUCUGCCGGCUGUAGCUCAACCUGUGCCUUUGGCCAGUAACUCGGUUUCCGCGUCCAGCCCCGCCACCAUCACCAUUGCGCCAACUCAGAACCUGCUGCAGCCCGGCCUGGUUAUGUCCGACCAGAACCUUCAGUGGAUCCUGAGCAGCGCCGCCAACAGCCAACAGAAUCCCGAACAAGCGUCACAAGGUGGUCCAAAAGUGGAGAAGGUCUUCUUCACAACAGCCAUACCGGUGGGAGGCAACGCUGGCAGCUCGGUCCAGCAGAUCGGCCUGAGCCUGCCCGUCAUCAUCAUCAAGCAGGAAGAGUCGUGCCAGUGUCACUGCGCCUGCCGGGACACGGUCAAAGAGAAGAAGGCCUGCUCUCCCCCGCCCGCCUCAGCGCAAGCGCCGGAGAGCGCCGCUCCUCCGGCCCAGCCCCAAGCGCCUCCCCCCGCCGCCUCCGCUUCUCCGCACUGCCUCCCCGAGUCUUCGUCCAAGGUGGGUGAAGUCGAACCCUCCCCCGCUCAGACGCCGCCGCCGCCGCACGGGCUCGCCAACAUGGACAUGUCAGACUUCCUGACGCUGCAGAGCCCGGAGACCGGCGUCAACAUCGAGGCGCUGCUGCUGGUCACCGACGACUUCAGCAUGGCCACCGAAGGCAAUCCUUAAGAGCGGGCGGCGCGGGCGGGCGGCGCUCCUUAAAUAGCACGGGCGUGCUCGCCGACCUCCCGUACCUUCAGUCAUUGUGCGGCGUGCGUAGCUGCCUGCGCAAGUUCUCUUUUCUUUUGCAGUAGUUGAGCCCACUGUUGACCGACGGCAGGCAAUUCAUGCAGGCAGGGAAAAAUGCAGUCGAAGACUUUGGGCUUUCCUUUGAGGAAGCCAAAUUGGAUCCAAGUCACUGAUGACAAUUGUGCUGUCCAGACACUGAAAUUGCAAGAGUUGCCAUUUUGCCGGCUCGCUCGGACAAGGUACUGCACUCGGAGGAGGAAGAAGAGAAAAACAAAUCCUGACUCGUGCUUGGAGCUGCUUGUAAUGCACUGAUGGAGAAUAGCUCCCAGCACAAUCUUCACGGGUAGACAGACACGCUUGUAAACUAGUCCAAAAGAUGUGAGCUGGGGUCUUCUUUUUUUUCUUGGGGCGCAAAUUCAGGUUUGAGCCGCCUCGUCAAAAUGGCUGCAAUCGCGUGGCUUCCCUCUAACUUAAACCUAAUUUAAAAUUGUACAUUUUCAUUUAUUUAAGCCUUUAAUUCCCGACUGGCAAUGCUGUUGUGAUAGAUCGAUAGAUGAAGAGUCUUUUAUUAAUUUAUUCCAAUCACACAAACUGUUUUUUGUUUGGGUUCUGUUACUGAAUGACUUCUCUUCAGGAAGACUAAUGCUCCUUCAAGUGAAACGGCGACAAACAACUCCUGUCAUUAUGGGUUCUCUCAGGGAUGAUCCCUGCGCCCUCCUCCGUUUUGCGCAAUUCCAUUUGGGCUCGCUCGCUCGCUCGCUCGCUCAUCUCCACACUGCAACCCGACUUUUCUGGAUCAACCAAACACACGCAGUACUGAAAAGACAUUGGGAAUUUUAGUGGAUGCAAAGCUAACAUUUUUAGUCACAUGCUCUAAGAUUGUUUUGUGUAAACUGCCGCUCGCGCCCCCCCAAAUUUGACCUGGGACUUCAUUUUCCCAAGCAAGCAGUGCAGAUAGACAAGCAUUCCAGAUCUGCAGUUUUGCGAGGGUCCAAAUGUUAAUGCGUUGGAAUCUACUAUGCAAUUUUCAAGUCAGGCAUUGGAGAGGUAUGCACACAGGCGCCCAAACAAACUUUGCAAGAGCUCUUCCCUUCUUUUGGUAAAUAGUGUCGUGUUGAGAAUAUUUUUAUAUAUGCAUCACUCCAGUGGCAAAUGUUAGCUAUAAUAAUAGAUCUAUACAUGUGGAAAGAGAUGCUAUGACCACUUCUGCCAACUACACGAUGAUAUAUAGAUAUAUAGAUAUAAAGCCCUUUUUCCCUAUCUGGGAUGAUGCGAAAACCAGUCUGCGCUGAAGGAACACGACUUAUUGAACGAUUCUGUUUUAAGAAUGACUUUGUUUUCAUCGUUUCUGAGCUUUAGUGGCGAACGAACGAUAACCAACCACGUCUGCCUUUUACCUGCAUCUUACCAAUUGACACUUGACACCUGUUUGGAAGCAGAUGGAUUGAAAUAUUCCACGGAACCAAAUUCAACUACAGCUUCCGAAAGGGAUGUCUGGUCACCCGGAGAGCAAGGAUUUGUAUUUUUGAAAGAGAAUGUAUCAUGUUCCGUGUUUGCAUAUGCUCGUUUCGUACAAAGUCAUAUGAUAAGUUUCUCAAUUAAGAGCAAUAUACUAAUAAAACCUUAUUGUCUCACAA